CGCAGGCGAGAUGGCCUUCGCUAUGUCCGCCACUUCCGCUUCCCUGAGCUUCGGCCGCAACGUCGCGUCCACGCAGGGUCUCCGCGUCACCGCGGCGCCCUCUAGCAACGUCGUCGUCCCGAGGCCCGCGCUCAAGACCGAAGCGAUGGUGAAGAUUCGCUUCACGCGCCUCGGCCGCAAGCGCACGCCGUUCUACCGCAUCAUCGCGAUCGACAGCCGCAAGCGCAGAGACGGCGCGCCUCUCGAGGAGCUCGGGUGGUACGACCCCAUAAGAAAACAGAGCAACCUGAACGCGCCGGCGAUCAAGGCGUGGCUGUCUAAGGGCGCGCAGCCGUCGGAGACCGUCGGGAGGCUUCUGAAGAAGUCCCUCAUCAUGGAUUAAACGUCAUCGCGGUGUGGUGGGGGUUGGUUUGGAGGGGGGGCGCGGCGACGAGCGCGCGGCAGCGGCGGGGAAGCCGCGCCGCGCGACGCGCCAGAGCGAUUCGAUUCGUUGAGAUGUACAUUCGUUCGCCAGGCGGCGGAGGAUUAGAUAGACGGGCUUUUAUUAGAUGAACGCACCGUCGUUGC